AUGGGAAUGGUCGUUAAGAUCCAGAAUAUCACGCAAGCAUACACACAGGCGAAGACCAAGCUCGAGCGUCUGAUUAUCGCCAAUCUUCCCAUUGAAAUGCAGGAUAAGUAUCCACCAGAUUCACUCCUAUUAGUUGAAGGCCCGCUAUAUGGGAUCCCUAAGGCGCACCAUCUUAACAAAUUGAACAUGGAAACCUCGAUGUACGACCCAUGCCUUCUUAUCUCAAAGCUAGGAGACGAUGAAUUUAGACUUGUAGGAAUGCAAACGGACGACAUACUUCUUAUCUGUACAGAAAAGUUCUCUAGAGCCGUGGCCGCUCAGCUGCAAGAGAAGGAUCGCUCCGAUUCUGAUUAUGAGGUGUUGAAUAAACGUCUCAUAUGGCAGGCCCAGAAUCCAGAGAGAGGGCUCCGUUAUGUGCCUCUCAACCUCGCCAAAGCCAGGAUUAUGGUUUUUACUGAUGGAUCCUUUGCCAAUAACCGGGAUUUGACUUCCCAAAUCGGAUUCCUGAUUACCAUGGUCAACGAAGACUUCUCGCAGCAAGGCCGCUUCGUCGCCACUGGCAACAUCUUGCAUUGGCAAUCAGCAAAGUGUAAACGCGUUACACAGAGUGUACUAGCCUCUGAGGUCUAUGGCCUUACAGCUGGAUUUGACCAUGCAUUCACUAUUGCUAGUACCGCCAAAAUGAUCACCAGUUGUCUGGAUCUACCGGCAAUGCCUGUAAUUAUUUGUAUGGAUUCAUUUUCGCUUUAUGAAUGCCUCGAUAAGCUUGGGACCACCAAAGAGAAACACCUCAUGAUCGAUAUCAUGGCACUUUGUCAAUCUUAUGAGAAGCACGAGAUCCACGAGAUCCAUUGGAUCCAUGGAGAUGAUAACCCGGCCGACGCUUUUACGAAGUCAAGCCCUAACAAGGCCCUACGGGACCUUGUUGACAGCAAUAAGCUGACAGUUCGUGUUGAAGGCUUCGUUGAGAGAACCGGGAGCGAUUAG